AUGGCGAAUGACGUGAUCGAUCUUAUAUCAUCGAGUCCGCCGAGCCAUUGCCUUCCGCCGCCGUCUGCCCAACUACCCCAACUCGAUGAUGCCAGUCAAGAAAAAGGACAGCGACAAAGUAUCGAUGCGACAAAGCCGGAUGCGGUGGCGCGUGUGCCCUUAUCGAGUCAAUUCUUUCUGUCCGAUGACUUCGACACGACGAUAGAUCUAGAUGAGCCCAUCUUGGUCAAUGAAAACCCAAAUAAGAGGCGACGUUUGUCACCUCCUUCAGUACAACCGCCUCUUAAGCGCAUAUCUCCGGCACCUGAAUCCCGGUCGAUUCUACCACCGGUGCGAACGAACCAAAAUAGUCGACUUCAAGCGGUUGAUGAUUCAAUCCAGCUUACCAGUUCUCCUGGUCUGAUCUCGCCAGGUCAGAUGAGACCUUCGAAUGCCACAUCCGCAAAACCUAUAGAGCAGACAAUCGCCGAAGAUUCAGACCCAUUUGCAAGCUCACCAGUGGCAGUACGACGCUCGCCACCAAAGCCAACAUCGAAGGCAAUAUCGAAAACAGUAACAAGACCCAUCGAGUCGUCCGACCCUUUCGCCAGUUCUCCCCAGCCAGCACCGACAUCGAAAGAACCCGAUAUUAUCAUAACAUCUCCGCCUGCACCAGUAAACAAACUGCUGCCCAAGAAGAAUGCGGCGUGGGAUCCCAUAUCUAGUUCGGCACCCGAGGCUAUCUCCUUUGAUUCGUCACCGCCAGGGAACAAACGGGACGUCAUUAAUAUUGACGACGAUUCGAACGGCGAAAACGGUUCCGAAGAUGACGAACUGCCAGAUAUUACGGCAUUCGACGUAACAAAAAUGCGACGUCGAUCACAACUCCAGCGCUCAAAAAGCGAUGUCGUGUCAGCUGGGUCCCGAGCGAGACCGACGGCCGUGAACAAACCAUCAGCAGUCGAUCGAGCAAGAGAAAAAGAAGCAAAGGCAGCAGCCAAAGAAGUUGAGAAGGAAGCAAAACGACGCGAGAAAGAGGAAGCAAAGCAAGCCAAGAUUCGAGAGAAGCAACGCAAUGCGGCACUGGCCGAGGUCAAUAAGCUGCGAACGGACAAGAAGGUCUCGACGCCAGAAAUGAUGGUCGACAUCCCUUCAAGUCUAAACUCCACAGUCACAACUGCGCUUCAGGCCAUGCUGGAACCCUUUGAUGUGCAGUACACAACUUGGGACAGCCCGGUCGAGAAUGUCAUCAAGUGGCGCAGAAAGGUCCGCAGUCGAUAUAAUGAUGAUACUGGCCUCUGGGAGCCAAUACCUCUUCGCAUCCAAGAUGAGAAGCAUGCGCUUGUUGUCAUGCAUUGCGAUGAAUUUGUCAAGCUUGCACUAGACGACGGUAUUUCUUCUCAUGUCGAGAAGGUACGGAAACAUUUCUCAGAGCAUCAUGUUAUUUACCUUAUCGAAGGGCUCGCAGCCUGGAUACGCAAGAAUCGAAACCUUCGCAACCGACAAUUUGCAUCCAAUGUCCGCGCCCAGGAAGCCGCAACCUCUGCAAACCGACGAAACAAACCUGCUCAGGAGUACGUGCCCGAGGAAAAUAUCGAGGAUGCGCUUCUGCAAUUACAGGUCAUGCACGAGGUUCUGAUCCACCACACUAUGGUACCGAUGGAGACUGCUGAGCAGAUCUUGACCUUUACCCAGCACAUCUCGACCAUUCCUUAUCGAAAGCAGCGAGAUCAAGCAACGCUUGGAGCAGGAUUUUGUAUGGAAAGUGGACAGGUCAAGACAGGCGAGGAUACGAAAGACACUUAUGUUCGUAUGCUGCAGGAGAUUGUGAGGGUCACGGCACCAAUUGCACACGGAGUGGCUAAGGAAUUCGACACCGUCAGCGACUUGGUUCGGGGCUUCGAGGCUACAGGGCCGAUGCGAUUAGAAGGCGUGAGAAAAAUGGCGAACAGAGACGGUGCCUUCUCGGACCGCACAGUUGGGCAGGCCGUGAGUAGACGCAUGUAUAAAGUAUUCACUGGAGUGGACGAGACAAGCACAGAUGUUUAG